UCCCUGUUGAACGUCCCAGGAAUAGAACAUGUUGAAAGGGACACGCUCAAUGUAAAUAGUCCUUAUGAAACACUUUUCAUCACCUAGCUAUGUAAACAGUAAGAUAUAACUUUCUAGCUUGUGACACGGCUGUCAACCGGUGUGUUCCACCUUCGUUAAAGCACAGCGUUGCUGUUUGUGGAUAGUGAUACAAUUGUGCGCUGCUCUCUUGGGAUCCUAUCCGAAAACUUGAUUUCUCCCUGAGCGACGUGGCCAUGGCUUCCAACUGCACCACGCCCUCUACAGGAGAACUCAUUCUAAGGCGGCCAUUUAUCUACAUCGUUGCUGGCUGUGGCGGCGUGGUUGUGGUCGUCAUCCUCGUCUCCCUCAUAUGUUGUUGUGUCCUGUUAAGAAAGGGAAGACGUCGUGUUAAUGGUAACCAGAAUGAAGACGCGAUAAUGAAAGAUGAUGACGAAAAGGAAAACCCUAAAAGAGAAAGCGCUGUCAUGGUGGACAACGUACUGUAUGGAGGGUACGCUGACACUGGACAUGACGCAAGACCUGGCGACCAACCACCCAGGGGCGAGUCAGCGGGGAAGCGUCAGAUCACAGAUAUGUAUGCAAAGGUUAUUAAGGUGGCUCCCUUGAAUAGUGGAACUGAAGACAACGUCGCCUUCAGCAUUGAAGACAAGGACACACAUCCACCAGGGAAGCCGACAAAGGCUGAGCCUGUGCCCAUCUAGCAGAUGAUACUUCAAGCGGCCCCUGAAUCACGUCUUGAUCUGCCAUGCAGCAACAACGUCCCUGACCACUGAGUUUUCAGGAUGCCGCAAGUGUUGUCUUGGUUUCCUGGACGAGAGGCGGAUGGAGGGAAUGCUGUUUUUGACGACCAGGCCUCCUAGUUGCUAUUUACACAAAGGCUUCCACUUCAUCUGUUUUACACGAAUACUAUCUGAUGUCUUUAUUUGUCGUAUUUGUUUCUGAAUGAACGAUGUAUGGCUAUGAAGUAUCAAUAUUUGUCCCCGGUAUAUACGCCUCCGUCAGUAAUCAUACGCAUCACCGUAAAAUUGAUGCGACAACUUUGAGCGAGUAAGUGCGUCAGUUUGAUUUUAGGGGGCCUUUGCAAUACAAGAUUACAAUCUAUACUAGCGGAAAAAGUAACUACGCUUGAUGUAGAGUUCCAUAAAUCUAAAUUUAUUCUGAAAUUCAAUAAUGCAUCUUUCAAUGAGUAUUCCUAGAGACAUCUCGACUGUAAGUCGUGAUUCACAAUUUGCACGUGCACGUUAAUGCAUGAUGCACAAGUUUCACACAUGUGGUUUUUUAAUGUGAACCAGCGCACAAUGACUUUUAGCUACCAGGUGCUCAUAAAAACACUUUUGUUUAACCGUAAAUAACGCUUACGCAAAGCCACAGCUUGCAGAAAAAUGGUCUACGCGGCAUGGGUACGCUGCAAACAGGAAAGGGGCAAAACGAAGUUGCCAGAAAUUCUAAUGUUCGUCGAAACACAGUUUCAUCUCUUUGGAGACGUGAUCUACAAGAAACAACCGAUGAUGCCAGCUCCACAGCUAUAGCUGACACUUGGAACAAUUACCUUUGUUUCGCCAUUCCCGCUGCGUGCGUGCAUGUCGUAUAUGUCCAUACCUGUCGUUGAAUGAUGUUGCACACUUUUAGAGAUAAAAGCAGACGCACAAACGAGACUUCAUUAAAGCUUCAUUACAAAUC